AUGUCAACUGAAUCUAAUGAUGAACGAUCGUUGUAUCUUCAAAUUCCUACUUCAGCUUCAGAUGAAGCCAUAAAACUUCCUAGUUACAGAGUUACGAGACAAUUGGCUCUUGACAGAAUCAUUAACAAAAUAGGAAUGGGAAAAUUUCAGAAACAAUUGUUGUGGUUAUGUGGGUUGGGAUGGCUCUCUGAUAAUAUGUGGAUUCAAUGUGUAGUAGUCAUAUUGCCAAGAGUCAAAGUACAUUAUGAUGUGAAUGAAAAGUUCAUUGGCAUAUUGUCUAGCUCUAUGUCCACAGGCAUGAUGAUAGGAGCAUUAUUUUGGGGUGUCCUUUCUGACUCCUAUGGCCGUAAAAAGGCCUUUAAUCUUACCUUGUUUUUCACUGCUCUUUUUGGCACUCUUUCAGCCUUUUCUCAGAGCUUCAUCCAGUUAUGCUUUCUGUUGUUUCUCACGGGCUUUAGCGUUGGUGGAAAUAUGCCUGUUGAUGGUGCCUUAUUCUUGGAAUUUAUACCAAAGACUCAUCAAUACCUUCUUACUUCUUUAUCGGUCUUCUUUUCAUUUGGUGCUGUUCUUACCUCGAUUCUUGCUUAUUUUAUUUUGCCUCAGAAUAGUUGUCUAGAAUUACCUGAAAAGACUUGUGAUGUUCAUAAACAAAACAAUGGUUGGAGGUUUAUGUUAAUUUCUCUGGGAUCACUGACUUUUCUCAUGUUUGUUUGUCGCUUAAUCUUUUUCCGUCUUCAAGAAUCUCCAAAGUAUCUUAUCACACGAGAUCACGUACACGAAGCUAUAGUAGUUUUACGUAAAAUUGCUAAAAUAAACGGAAAUUCAAUACAAAUUAAAGACAAUGAUAUACCAUCUACAACAGACAAUUCUGCUAAUUCUAAUUAUGCUGAAUCAUCUUCAAAUGAUAUUCCUCAAUCAGCUGGGUGUUUAUCUAACCCUGUUGGGUGGUUAUCGUUAAAACUUCUCCCAAUUAAGCCACUCUUCAGUAGAAAAUGGAUUAAAACAACCCUUCUUGUAUGGGCAAUUUGGACACUUGUCGCUUUUGCUUAUGUUAUGUUUAAUGUUUUUUUACCUACAUAUCUAGAAUGGUUAGGUUUGAGUGAUGAAAAUACUGACGGCAAAUCUUUAAUACGAGAGGUAUUAAAAGAUUAUUUGAUAUACUCUGUUUGUGGGAUUCCAGGCUCUUUAUUUGGAUCCUUCCUUAUUGAAACAAUAUUAGGUCGCAAAGGUAGUAUGGCUCUAGCGACUUUCGGAACUUCUCUGGCAGUAUUCUUGUUUUCUACUGUCCGUUCUCGUUCUGGUGAAGUCAUUUCUUCAGCAAUGGUCAGCUUUUUGGCAACUCUUAAUUAUGCUGUAAUAUAUGGGUACACUCCUGAAGUAUUUGAAGUUAAAUUAAGGGGUACUGCAUGUGGAAUUAGUUCUGCACUUGGAAGAAUAGCUGGUAUAAUUGCUCCGAUAGUAACAGGAAUACUUCUCUCUAUCAAUAUCUCUAUACCUCUUUAUUUAUCUGCAUCCCUUUUUGCAUUGUCUGGCAUUUGUAUGAUAUUAUUACCAAUUGAAACUAGAGGAAGACAAGCUUAA